AUGCAAUACGUAUCUCCUUUCCAGCGUGAAUUACCACAAGCCACCGAUUAUACUGAGCGUGAAUUACCAAAAGCCACCGAUUAUACUGAGCGUGAAUUACCACUAGCCACCGAUUAUACUGAGCGUGAAACACCACUAGCCACCGAUUACACUGAGCGUGAAUUACCACUCGCCACCAAUUAUACUGGGCGUGAAUUACCACUAGCCACCGAUUAUACUGAGCGUGAAUUACCAAUAUCCACCGAUUAUACUGAGCGUGAAUUACCACUAGCCAUCGAUUAUACUGGGCCCACCGAUUAUACUGAGCGUGAAUUACCACUAGGCACCGAUUAUACUGAGCGUGAAUUACCACUAGGCACCGUUUAUACUGAGCAUGAAUUACCACUAUCCACUGAUUAUACUGAGCGUGAAUUACUACUAGCCACCGAUAAUUCUGAGCGUGAAUUACCACAAGCCACCGAUUAUACUGAGCGUGAAUUACCACAAGCCAGCGAUUAUACUGAGCGUGAAUUACCACUAUCCACCGAUUAUACUGAGCGUGAAUUAUCACUAGCCACCGAUUAUACUGAGCGUGAAUUACCAAAAGCCAGCGAUUAUACUGAGCGUGAAUUACCACAAGCCACCGAUUAUACUGAGCGUGAAUUACCACUAGCCACCGAUUAUAUUGAGCGUGAAUUACCACUAGUCACUGAUUAUACUGAGCGUGAAUUACCACAAGCCACCGAUUACACUGAGCGUGAAUUACCACAAGCCACUGAUUAUACUGAGCGUGAAUUACCACUAUCCACCGAUUAUACUGAGCGUGAAUUACCACAAGCCACCGAUUACACUGAGCGUGAAUUACCACAAGCCACCGAUUAUACUGAGCGUUAA